GCCUCGACAGCGGCAAUUACUUCCUACUCGGCCAACGAACGGCUGCAGAAGGGAAGGAACGGAUGGAGAUGGCCAGGAUAAUAUACAGGAGGAGCGCACCAAAGUACAAUGACGCCCUCGAGAGAUGGAAUGCGAUGUGGUCGAGCUGUUCCCCUCCGCGUACGCCAGCUGAAAAAAGUUCGAUCGCGGCUAUUGUUCCCGCCAAGCAUGCAGCCACCCCGACGGCCGCCCGCCCAUGACACUCCAGUACUUGCCGUAACGGGCUCGUUUGGCAGUAGUCCGUCCAGUCUCCCCGGUCCCAGACUCAGACCGGGGUCUUGCCGAGUAACCGCGCCCAUCAGCAGAUGCUCCGCCAGGCUGCAUGGGCAGGAAUCUUGGGCGGCCGCCUUCGUCUGGGUCUGUUGUGCCAGUUCUCUGCAACACCACGGUCGCGGUAUGUAGUGAAAGCACCGUGAGCAGCUCGCAUGCGGUGCUCUUCCCGUCCGCCUACCAGUAGCAGCCUUGGCCGGCACUGCCGCACUGGCCAGAUGGCACGCGUCGCCAUGUCCACACUGCUCUCCAUGCUCCAUCCAAGCAG